UCUAUGGAGGAUUGUCGAGUAUUCCCGCCAACCCGUGCGGCUGCACAAUGUCGUGGGCUGGUGUUGACGGUCGCGUGCGAGAGGUGUGGCUGUCGAGUUGAGUACCAAGUAUCCUGUACUGCACUGUACCAUGCACUAUACUGUGGGUGGAGUGUACCCUCUACAUACAUACUUACACGGCCUUCCGGUCAGUCACCACCAAGCCAGGCAGAGCCGUCGCGAUAACGAUUGCUAGCCCGCCCAACUAACCACCAUCCGAACCCCCCCUGCGGUUAUCUUUCCCCAACCAACUGACUGAUCGGAAUGGCUUGACAUGUGUACCAUGCACCCCAUGUUUUGUUAUCUAUCUUUGUUAUCAUCCGUCACCCCCGAGCCACCAUGACACGACACUACAUACACCACGCUCUCUGUCUCUCUCUCUCUACACCUCUUUAUCCUCAUCGCUCCUCUUCUCCUCUUCUCCCUCCUCUUCUUCUUCUUCGUCUCGUACAUGUCCCCAUCCCGUUUGAUAUCGAUCAGCACCAACAUCCUCCCAAACGGGCACCCUCGGCCACUUGCGAUCCCCCCCUGCUGCCCUGAUGGACGUUACCUAAGUGCCCUUGCAGCCGCCGUCCAAUCCCACACUAGCCAACACGUAAACCCUUAAUCCGCCAAAACGUCACAGCCCACUGCUGCCCCGUCCUCGGUCACGGGAUUCCCGCAGCUUCCCACUAUGAUGGUCCCUAGAUCUUUCCUUCACCAGCCCGUUCCCUCAUCGUCUCUGCGCACUCCUCCGCGAACCAUGGGAGCAAGGCAACACUCCUCAUCACCAUCACCCAAACCCAAACCCUCCACGCCCAAUUACUCGUCGCCCACAAUCUUCGAGGAAGAUCCACCACCCAUAUCGCAUUCGGAUCGUAGCCGCGUUCCUGCAGCACCCAUGCAUUCAAAACCCGUCGUCAUCCCGCCGCGUUCGACGCCCACGCGACCUGGCGUCGCAACCUCGACUCGCACCUUGAGAGCCCGAGGCCACCACGGAGGCAGGCCACACCGUACUCCCAAGAACCACAAGUCCGAUGCCGUCCCGCCUGCUGUUGCCGCUUUACUCGCCGUCACCGAAAUCCCAAAGAUGCCUCAGCGCCGCCGAAAAGGCUCAUCCAUGGAGAAGACCAUGUCUAUGGACGAGUUGAUCCAGGAGUGGAGACAGGACGACACCGACCUGGUCGCUUCUGUCGUCGGCUCACCCUUGGAUCUGCUUCUGGGUCGUGUGGAUGAGUCCGACGACGAAUACGACAGCCUUGCGAGUCUUGAUCAAGAGAAAGAGUCUGUUUCAGUGACUUCGCGAUCUAUUUCAAGCGAGUCAAUAUCUACGAUACCGCCUUCUUUGGAUACGGACUCCCCAUCCUUCAUAUCAACGUGGGACAACAUGAGCACACCAGAGUCUUACCGGACACGGUCAAUAUCAGAGCGCCGAGAGAAGAGCGUAUCGUCGCCACCAAAAGAAGACUGUAUCUCGGAUCAUCCAUUGCUUCACUACAACAUGGAUGAGUACGAAGACGCCAUACAAGUUCCCGUGGCCGACAUCGUCACCGCGCCCACCGCGUCGUCGGAAAGAUUCCGAUCAUUAAAAUCGAAUUUGACCGCAUCUUUCCAAGCCUUGAAGUCGGCUGCGAAAUCGUUUUCCAAUUUCACCGCUCCCAGUGUGCCGCCGGAUGAUUUACUUACCCGCUCGUUAUUGUCACCAAAGUUCACAAGCGAAAUGCGACCCAAACAGAUGCAAGGGUUGCCGUCUCCGGCACUCAGGCGCUAUCUGAACCCUCAGCCAACGGCCACUUCCGCGACCGAGCUCUCAAUGCAGUUGCACGAUUCACUCAUGCUGGACAUUGAUGAGGAGACGGCCGCUCCCAUGAUCCAAAUGCAGACCUACGAACGUCGCGGACGCUCCAACAGACGCCGCAAAGGCACCGAUCCCUUUUCUGAAGCCGGAAGAGCGUUAUCGCCAUCCCCACCUGUACGUCAGCGCGAACCCAGAGAAAAUUGCGAUUUUCUGAGAGUCAUCGUGCUCGAAAUGAACAUGCGCCGCGUUGGCAAGCUGGAUGCAAAGGCAGUCGGCAAAGCACGCAUUUGGCUACCACCAAGGAAGCUGGAUGGGAACAGAUCGCCUUCCACCAGUGAAGCUCAGAGCGGUGUGCCCGCAAGAUGGGUUUCUGUUCUCGCAAACGAAGUGUGAGCCAUGUUGGUGCAUACUUGCAUCCGAUUUUGGGCACACAUGCAUCUCCACCACCCACCCUUACGCUCGCACCGAGGCGAAACCGGCAACCUGUUGCAAAAAUGCAAAAUACAGGUAAUGGUUAGCAGGAUGAUCUACGCGGGGAUCUCCAACGGCGGAUUCUCUGCUACAAUACCAACUACGUCAACGGGCGGUGCCUCCUCGGUGCGACAACCUCGGCUGCUAGAGUUUUCCUGUUUUGCGACACAUCAAGCAUCGUGCCAGGCGCUGGGCUGCACAACCCUACGAACACCGUUUCGGAAUGGACCCUCUUCUGGUUUUUGGCCAUGUACUGACCGGAAAAGCAAGCUCCAACAUGACAAUCCAAAUCCCCCGAGGCACCUAGCCAUUAUUCCCUGGUGGCGAAAAUUUUCACAGCAUGCCAGCUCAGCAACCCUCGCCAAUCUCUACCCAAUCUCGCAUACGCAUACAUCUGACCUUCCGGACGACCCUGCAUACAUCUGCACCUUCCUCAUUGUCUUGUCGAGCCUUAGCAAUCCAAGACGCGAUUCUUUAUCAUGCCCGGC